AAAGAAGCAGAAUUUUAUUUGUUUUGACUUUUUCAUUAGAAUAUUUUAUAAAAGUAAAAAUAGGAAAUCAAUUGAAAAUAAUUGUUUACGAACUACUAGCACGGGAAAGAAUUUACCCGACGUAUGGUAAACUGGAGCUACUGCCCAAACAACUCAAUCAGACUAAAUAGAUAUUUAUUUUCUGCAAUGGGUUCACUAUUUUCCAAAAGUAAAAAGCAAAGCCGUGUAACCGAACAUGAUAAGGCGGUGCUGCGACUGAAGCAACAGCGGGAUAAACUGAAGCAAUAUCAGAAGCGCAUCGAAUUACAACUUGAGAAAGACCGAGAGUUGGCUAGGAAAUGUUUACAAACAGGCCGUCGAGAUCGUGCCAAGCUUCUGCUGCGAAAGAAAAAAUUCCAAGAAACUCAGCUUAGCAAUGCAGAUAAACAACUGGAAAACUUGGAAAAAAUGACUGCCGAUUUGGAAUUCGCUCAGGUGGAGUUACAAGUUAUAGAAGGCCUUAAACAGGGUAAUGCCGCACUUAAGAAAGUACAUGAUUUGAUGGAUAUCAAUGAAAUAGAAAAGAUCAUGGAUGAAACAAGAGAGGGUGUAGAAAAACAACAAGAAAUUGAUGCUAUACUCUCCGGAGCACUUAGUGCAGAAGACGAAGAAAAUGUUUUGGCUGAAUUGGAUGCACUUGCUGCAGAAGAGGAGGUUAGUAAAUUACCGGAGGUGCCAACAGAAGAUUUGCCCGAGCCAGCUGCACCUGCGGAGGAAGAUGCCUCUGCCUUUGCUACUGAAACUGCUGAUGUGCCGACUAAAAAGCAAAAAACGGCAUCAGAUCACUCAAAGAAAGUGCUUGUAGAAGCGUGAAUGUAAAUAACUGACACCUAAGUUGUGUCCAUAUAUCAGUACACAGUCUAUACAUAUGUAUUUGUUUUUGUUUUCCUUUUAUUUCUUCAACUAAUACUAAGUCACUUAGUUUAAAUAUGCAUAAAAUGAUUUUAUAAAGAAAUUUAUAAUGCAGAAAUUUA